AUGUGGGAUUGUGAAGGCAAUGAGAUUAAAGCAUGGAGAGGAACACGGAUGCCAAAGGUGUUAGAUAUUGUUGUUACUCCAAAUGGUGAAUAUUUGAUUACCAUUUUUUCAGAUAAAGAUAUUCGGAUACUAAAUGUGGCUACAAAUGCUGAAAGAGUUAUCUCUGAAGAACACCCGAUUACAUCUCUUCCGGUUUCUGGUGACAACAAGUAUUUGAUUGUUAAUCUUAAUAGCCAAGAGAUUCAUAUGUGGGAUGUUGAAGGGUUAUGGGAAAAAUCUUUGAGAUAUAAGGGCCAUAAGCAACAUAAAUAUGUCAUUCGUUCUUGCUUUGGUGGGGUCAAUAGCACCUUUAUUGCCAGUGGCAGCAAAAUUCACAGGUAUAUAUCUGGAAUCGAAGUGGUUGUGAGAGCAGGUAUAUAUCAAGUCAGAACAUCUUUUUCAUUUCUGAAUGUGUUGUUGACUUAUUUUGGUUCUUGUGCUCUUCUCACGUACUUAAUUGAUUUAGAUGCAGUAGUUCGUGUUCCAGUUACAAGUAGCAAAGGAGUUGGACCUUCUAUGUUAGAAGGGCAAAGUGGCUAUGGUUCAACCAUGCAAGACUCACCAAAAUUCACAUCUGGAGACUACCCUGCAGCUACCCAAAAGUAUGGCCAGAAAGGGGAAAAUAUGCUCAUUUUUGGUUUUUUUAUAAUCAUUAGAUGGCGAUAA